AUGAUAAAACGUCUGUUCUCAUCCUUGAGACGAUAUUCUGUCAACGCGUACACCACUAGAACACACAAUUGUGGAGAGCUGACUGCAAAGGAUGAAGGGGCACGAGUGUGCGUGAUGGGUUGGCUUUUUACUAGGGACUCUACGGAAGUGUGGCAGGCUGUAGUAGAUUCAAAACCAGAGCUAAGCAAAAUCGUCAAAGAUCUGCCUUACGAGUCUGUUGUUAAAGUCGAAGGAUCAGUUGUGAAUCGAGGGGAGAAUGCUAACUUGAAAAUGAAGACAGGUGAAAUAGAGAUUAAUGUCUCGAGCUUGACGGUGUUGAACUGUGCGUCGCCGCAUUUGCCAAUGCUGCCAGAUGCAAAAGCUAGUGAAAAGACCCGGUUAUCUAAUCGACAUAUUGAUCUGCGAACUGAUCAAAUGCAGAGGGCUUUGCGAAUGCGCUCAGAUAUUGUGCACAAUAUUCGACGCUUCCUCAUCGAAAACGCUAAGUUUGUGGAUGUUAGUGGAAACUCCACGCUAUUUCGACGUACUCCAGGUGGAGCGGCAGAGUUUCUUGUACCAGCGCCUGCACCGAAUCAAGGGCUCUGUUAUUCGUUGCCGCAGAGUCCACAGCAAUUCAAACAGCUUCUCAUGAUUGGCGGUAUUGAUCGCUACUUUCAGAUAGCUCGUUGUUACCGUGAUGAGGGCUCGAAAGGCGAUCGACAACCAGAAUUCACUCAGGUAGACCUCGAAUUAUCGUUUACAAAUCAAGAUGGAGUUAUGUCAUUAGUCGAGCAGAUGUUGACGUCAGCAUGGCCUGAGGAGUUGGCUGAUUUGAAACCCAUGCACACCAUUUCCUCGUCUCAGUUAUUGUGA